AUGGCUUUUGAAGUCUCACCAUCCAACUCUUCCGAGGACGAAGACAUAACGUUCUCUCCAUUACAGGCAAUCUGUGAGAAGAUAUCCGAAUUCCCGCUCAUUCGCGGAGAUCUGGAGAACACUAUCGCCAACUUCGCCUUCAUCCAAACUCUGUCCGAAAUGAAAGGAUCGAACCACAAGAUCGAUGGGUUUUUCAAACCGAUUAAUCUUCAGUUGGUGAAAGACGAGAAAAUUCCCAGCUCCACAGUGGCUGAUGUGCUUGAUAAUCGCCUCAAGAUCCUCGCUGCAGUUAAUCAUAUCAUGAAUGAGGGUCCUCGGCGCAUGUUUACCUACGGUAUAACCAUUGAGGAAGAUGAUAUCACAUUCAGCAAAUCGCGUCACUUUGGAUUUUUCGCUGACCCGAAGACUUUCGUCUCUGUCCUCCUCUCUUUUAUUCUUGCGACGGAAACUGAGCUCGGCUUCGACCCGACCAUCUCUCGCCUCUCUCCGGUCUCCUACGUCUACCAAGUUAGCGAUCGGUUCUUCAAGACAAUUCGCAUGAUUUCGGAAUACCAGCCAUUAUGCAUAGCUGACCGCAUGACACGCGUUUGGGAGGCGGUAGAGGUGGCGUCGUUCAUCGACCCGACGCCCAAGCGUGACGCGCGUUCUAUAGCGCUCAAGGACGUCUGGCUAGAUGCGUCGGGCCAGACGGAAAAAGAGAUACAAGCGGCCCUUUUCAGCGACCUGGAGGAGUUCAGACAGGUGAUAGAGUCCAAGGACCCAGAACAAUUCACAAACUUCACUGAGGAGAUGAAGGCCGAAAUUCGAGACUGCCUCAAAGGCGAAGUCUACAAGAAGCACUUCCUGAACAUUGAAUGCGACUACCAGGGCAAAAUUCGAAGGCAGUCCCGGCAUCGGCUUACCUCCCUUGUUCCCGCGGCCGAGCCAUCUUCCCAUCUACAGCCCACAACUCCCGCCUCUCCCGCUCUGUCCCGAAAAUAUGCGCCGAAACAGCAGUAUCGCGUCGUGUUCAAGCAGUCUGCUGCUAGCACAGCCCUUCAAUUGCUUUACUGUGCUGGAUGGCUGCAUAGAGACAUCAGCUCCGGCAAUUUGCUCUGGUUCGACUCCGGAGAUGGCAACUUGCAGAUGGUGCUAGGAGAUCUGGAGUACGCGAAGCGAUUUCGUGCUGGAAUUGGGAGCCCUGAUUCUAAAACAGGAACCUCUUAUUUCAUGCCGUAUGAAGUGCACGAAGGGCUUCAUCUUUACCUCUCUCAGCCGCGACAGCCGAUGGUACCCAUUCAAGAGUUUGUUUUGUUUAAACAACAGCAGGUUCCUCCUAUAUUUGUGCGCCAUUCGUUCCAGCAUGGCCUCGAAUCCCUCUGGUGGGUCCAGCUGUGGUGUGUCAUUGAGCGGAUAAACGAAACGUCUCUGCAAUACGCAAACAAGAUUUUCCAGACCACAUAUCGUCCUAGUACGGACCGGCAAGAUGCCUUCCUGGUGCCAGGCAUCCUUGCUACAAACCUCAAAACCUCCCUUCCCCCCGAUAUGCACCGCAUGCUUAUAGGCACUGAACAUGAACGUAUCGUUCUUGUGGACCAUUAUAUUCGAAGAGAGCAAGAGAAUAAACUCGAGGAUAUUGCAUCCUAUUCCGAGACAUAUGCUGUAUUCCACGACGAUCAGUCAUAUUUGAAGGAAAUUUGCCCAGCCAUGUUGCUUGCACCUAUCCGCCAAGUGAUCCUUGUUCAGACUCCCUCAUAA